AUGAGGUCGCGCAGCAUCGCACCGCUGGUACGCUCGGCGCGGACCAUCCGCACCACCCCAGCCAUGGCUGCGUCCACGUCGGCUUUGCGUUCACUCUGUCGGGCGUCUCGGCCUACCAACUUUACGCCGGGACCAAGGCCACUUUGCGACCAUACACUCCUGCAGCCAAAGCCAUGCACACUGGUGCAUCGUCGCGCGCUUGCGACCCACAGCACCUCCACGCCGCCGUCGUUCGUCAUCCCCGUCAUCGACUUUUCGGCAUUCGUGCGCGCGGAUGCCACGCCUGCCGAUCGCGAACGCACCUCGCACGAGCUCACGCAUGCGUUCAAGUCGUCUGGCUUCGCCUACCUGCGCAACCAUGGCAUCCCGCGCGACCAGAUCGACGCGACGUUUGCCAUGUCGGCACGCUUCUUCGAGCUGCCCAUCGACAAGAAGGACGCGCUGGCAUGGAAGGAUCCGCGUUCCAACCGCGGCUACGUCGCCGAGGGGCGCGAGCGCGUCACCCAGGCCACGUCGGCGGAAGAGAUCGCCGCGCUCCGCCAGCAGGCGCCCGACUACAAGGAGUCGCUCGAGAUUGGCAACGACCACGACGCCGUCUGGAAGAACGAAUGGCCGACCGAGUCAGACGUGCCUCGGUUCAAAGACACCAUGCUCGCGUUCCAGACGGCCGCACACGAGCUGCACCUCAAGGUCCUGCAGUCCAUCGCAAUCGGUCUCGGCCUCGCACCGAGCUUCUUCGACGACAAGUGCAACGAGGAGUGGCACACGCUGCGUCUGCUCCACUAUCCCAGCGUGCGCGCAGACAAGCUCAAGGUAGAGGGUUCGGCGCGCGCGGGAGAGCACAGCGACUACGGUUCCAUCACCCUCCUCUUCCAGGAUGGCGUCGGCGGGCUCGAGGCCAAGAAUCCACAUACGGGCGUGUACCACGCAGCCGACCCGAUCGAGGAUACUGUCGUGGUCAACGUGGGCGACUUGCUCGCAAGGUGGUCCAACGACCAGCUCCGAUCCACGCUGCACAGAGUCAAAGCUCCACAGGCUGCCGAUCCCAAUGCAGAGUUUACGCCCACACGAUACUCGAUCGCCUUCUUCUGCAACCCCAACGAGAACCAGCUCAUCGAAUCGCUGCCCGUGUUUGGAUCCGACAGCCAGCGCAAGUACGAGCCCAUCAUGACCAAGGACUACAUCGCCAAGCGUCUGAGCGAGACGACGGGUGCUAAGACGUUGGAUCGCGGACCUACCUGGCGACGGACGCCCCCUGCUAGAGACGACCGACAUUGCCAGGCAAACGACGGCUCCUACCGCUCCCACCGCUCCUACGACCACCUUCAGCAACAAACAGCUGCCGCUUGCGACAUGGAUCUCAACUCGCCAUUCGCCGAUCCGGAUCGGCCCGAGCCGCUGCCACCGCCAUCCAGCAGCCUCAAAUCCUCCAUCUUUGAACACUCGCGCAUCGUCCACCCAUCCACAAGCAUCCAUACAUCCUCCGCUCGCCCGCGGCCAGACAACAUCCGCGAAGAAUCGUACCACCAGGACAUCGCUGCAAGCUCUGCCUCGGUGGGUCAGAACACCACGAUCCGGUCCAAUACGCUUCGGACUUCAUCUCAAGCAGAUGCCGUUGAAGAGCAAGACGAUGACGACGAGCAGGAUCCCGAAGACCUGCUCUCGGAUGAAGAAAUCGGACUCUUGGCCGGCGAGGCACGUCCCUCCUCGUCGUCGCUAUUGCCCAAGAGCAUGAGUCGCAGUACGCGACAGCCGCACUCACGAUCACGCACACGCACACGCACACGCACCGCAUCUUCGCCGUCGCGCUCGCGCGCCUCUGCAGUGGGCGGCCUGAGCGCCAAGCAAAAGGCAUUAUGGAUGUGGGCCAACGUGGACAACAUGGAUGCGUUUCUGCAAGAGGUGUACGCCUACUACGUCGGGCGCGGCGCCAUCUGCAUCGCGCUCUCGCGCUCGCUCAAUCUGCUCACGGUGGCGUUCGUCAUCUCGUUUUCGACGUUCCUGUUCGGAUGCAUCGACUACUCGGCCAUCCGGCACGACGGCCAGCUGGGCGACGUGAUUGUCGGCCACUGCGUCGCGGGCUUCUCUCCAUUGACCACGGUGGUGGUGCUGGUGCUGGUGACGGCAUUCGGGUGGCAGGUGGUGCAGUUUGCGCUCGGCCUGUCGAGGCUCGCGGCGAUGCACCGCUUCUACGAACAGCUGCUGGGCAUUCCGGACGCCGACGUGCAGUCGAUCGCGUGGCACGAGGUGGUGAACCGCAUCUCGGCGCUGCGGGAGCAGCAUCCCAACACCUCGCUCAGCUCGGCCGACGAGAUGGAGCUGGGCGAGCGCACCAACGCCUCGCUGCGGCCGCCGCGCGAGCAGCGGCUGGACGCACACGACGUGGCGAAUCGGCUGAUGCGCCAGGAGAACUACCUGAUCGCGCUGUUCAACGAGAAUAUCCUGGACCUGUCGGUGCCUGGGCUGCGCAACCGCAGUCCUGCUCUUACACGCAGCCUCGAGUGGAACCUCAACUUCUGCCUGCUCGGCUUUCUCUUUGACGCCAACGGCCAGGUGCGCCCGCAGUUUGUGUCGGAGCGGUAUAGGGCGGAUCUGAUCGAGGGGCUUCGACGGCGGUUCGUCUUCAUGGCGGUGGUCAACGCGAUUUUUGCGCCGUUCAUCGUGGUGUAUCUGCUGGUCUACUCGUUCUUCCGCUACUUUGAAGAGUACCACCAGGAUCCGAGCAAUCUGGGGUCGCGCCAGUAUACGCAGUAUGCGCGGUGGAAGUUUCGCGAGUUCAACGAGCUGCCGCAUCUGUUUCGACGCCGGUGCCACGCGUCGUAUGCGCCGGCGCACAAGUACAUCGACCAGUUCCCCAAGGAGAAGACGGCGAUCGUGGCGCGCUUUGUGGCGUUUGUGGCCGGGUCGUUUACGGCGGUGCUCAUCCUGGCGUCGGUGAUUGAUCCGGAUCUGUUUUUGCAUUUCGACAUUACGCCGCAGCGCAACGUGCUGUUCUACAUUGGCGUGUUUGGGGCGAUUCUGGCGGUGGCGCGCGGGAUGAUUCCGGACGAGCAUCUGGUGUUCGAGCCCGAGGCGAUGCUGCGCGAGGUGAUCCAACACACGCACUAUCUGCCGCCGGAUUGGAAGGGGCGCUUUCAUUCGGCCGAGGUGCAUCGCGAGUUCGGGCAGCUGUAUAUGCUCAAGAUCCUCAUCUUUGUGCAGGAGGUGCUGAGUGUGGUGACGACGCCGUUUGUGCUGUGGCUGUCGCUGCCCGGCUGUGCACCGGAGGUGAUCGAUUUCUUCCGCAAGUACACGAUCCACGUCGAUGGCGUCGGGCACGUAUGCUCGUUUGCCGUGUUCAACUUUGCGCGCCAGCCGACGGCGAGCACCAUGGGCGGAGCAGCGGCAAGGGGGAUGCGAAGCGGGUCCAACGAGCGACGGCAGCAAAGCAAGUUGCGCAACGGCAUGCGCGAGGGCAAGAUGGAACAGAGCAUUCUCGGAUUCAAGGCCAACCAUCCGGAUUGGGACCCCGUGCAGGCGAGCGUGGUCGAUGUACAUGCACACGAUCCACACGGGGCGGGCCGACACACGUAUGGCGACGGUAGCGGCAAGGCGCAUCCUCCUCCAACCGCAGCGACAGCCGAGAGCCGAGGAGCCAAGGUCAAGGAUCUGCUGGAUCACAUCUAUCGCGGAAGAGGUGCGGCUGCAGGCAGUCGAUGGUGA